AUGGAUUGUCCUGCAUGUAGAGGCCCAACUUUUUUUAAAAGAGCAAAGCAAAUCUUCAGAUGCACCAAAAAAAGCUGUAGAAAAGCUGUAAGUGCCAAAAAUGAAACGUUUUUUGCCGACCAGUGCUUUUCGCUUUAUAAGAUUCUUCACAUGGCUUACUUAUGGUUGUGGAAGAAUCUAGUAGCUUCAAUAAAGAGCCAGUGUGAAGUCAAUAAUACAACUGUUUGCUCAUUUUUGAGCUAUUUUCGCCAACUUGUGGCGGAUGCCUUAGAAACCAAAGAAUGUGUUUUUGGUGGAAAAAGCAUUGUUGUGGAAAUAGAUGAAACUAAAAUGGGCAAAAGAAAGUAUAACAGAAGGCAUUCUGUAGAUGGAGUUUGUGUUGUAGGCGAUGUGGAAAAAACGAAAAAAAAACACGUUUUCGCUGUUCCUGUUGAAAAACGGGUCAGUGAAACGCUUCUUGAAGUCAUUAAGAAGCACGUCGUACCUGGCUUGAUAAUUCACACUGAUCUUUAG